AUGAAUCUAAACUAUUCUAACGAUUCUUGGACCAACGGGUCCGAAACUUCGGACGAAGUUGUGUAUACGGAAUCUUUCGACGGUGCUCAGAUUGUUUUGGUGGUGCUUUACACGGCUGUUUCGUUGACGUCGCUCACCGGAAAUGGCGCCGUGUGUUACGUGGUGUUUUCCACCCGACGUAUGCGCACCGUCACGAACUACUUCAUAUCUAGCCUUGCGAUUAGCGAUCUGUUGAUGGCCACGCUGUGUAUCCCCUUCACCUUCGUCGCCAACGUCUUGCUCGACCACUGGCCGUUCGGCAGCGCCCUCUGCCCCGUCGUCACCUACCUGCAAGCCGUCGUCGUCUUCCAGAACGCCUACACUUUCCUGGCGAUCAGUCUGGAGCGAUACAUCGCCAUCAUGUACCCGUUCAAGCCGCGACUCCCCAAACGCAAGGCUUUCUGGGUGAUACUACUGUGUUGGUUUCUGUCGUUUGUGACGCCGCUGCCGACGGCGAUAACGUCGACGCUGGUCCCCGCGGACGGGUUCGGUUCUAACUCGACGACGUUUCUGUGUGUGGAGCUGUGGCCGUCGUCCCAGAAGAAGUUCGCGUACAGUAUGACCAUCAUGGUGCUGCAGCGUGCGGGGUUCACCUACUUUCGUGGCCGCUCAGGCGUGCUUGGUGUUCACCUACUCCAGGUCGUCCACGCCACAACUGCAGGUUGGUGUUGCUGCAAGUUUAAACUUUCUGAACAUGUGAGCAUUCAGUCGGUUGUGGCCUGUCCGGAGUCUCAACAGAGUUACUUGUUCCAAGCGACUGAGAAGGUGGUAAAUCAUCUUGUUCUGUCCUGGGUCUGUUGGCUGCCUUUAUCAAGGUUUUCUUCUCUGAGAAGCUAA